AUGGUGACUAGUCGAGGAAAGGGGACAAUGGAGCAUCUGAUGGUGAUUGGUUGGGAAGAAAGGACAGUGGAGGAGCUAGAUUCGGGUUAUGAUAGUGGUAGAGGUAAGCAAGGGAAUGGGUUAGAUUUUUGGGGAUUACGCAUGCCAGGAUCAUCAAGGUCAGUUUGGUUUUCUACAACGCCAGUGAUGACUACGACAAUUACAAUCAACUGGAGAAGAGAAGCUAAUUGCCUCAUGCAUAAAAUGGACUCUGUGCUCCUUGCCUUUUUCCCUAAGAAGUUAUUCGAAGCUGAGAUUAAGCAAAAGAAAAGACGCUUGAGCUUUCAUCUAGCGAAUGAAAGGUUCACUGGGUCUGGUGGGGUGCUUGGAUUUGAUGGUCACAACGAUAGUGACUGGUUCAGUUGGCAGGUGGGUUUUGGUUGGAGUGUUGAUGUUGGAAGGUGGAGAUUUCGGAUAGCGGAGGAGAUGGGUAGAGUUAGUUGUGGGUUUUUGCAAGGUGAAUUUGUGGAGAGAUUGAGGCCAGGUCUGUGGUUGUCAAUGGGAGACUCGGUAAUAGAGGGGGAGUUUGGUAGGGAUGAUGUUAGUGGGAGGUUUUGUGUGGGUGCAGUUAUGGAGGUGGCUGUGGAGAUGGCUCCCCCAAGCUUUUAUUUUUGCAGAGACUACAUUUUCUCCUGA